UCUACCAUCAUCCUGAGCGACAGAAUCUUAGCUGAACCAUGAGGGUUGUGAACCUGGGUCCGGAUCCAUCUCUGGCAUACCGUCCCGAUUGUCCUCAGAAAGAGAAGUCAAAAUUCAGGAACUUUGAGAGUGGAGAACUGUUUGACCGUGUGUUUUAUACAUACAAGCUGAUGCACACACACCAAACGCUGGACUUUGUCAAACAGAAGCACCUGAUUUGGGCCAACUGCAAUCACUUCAAUAUGACUAUGAUGGAGAACAUCGAUUCCCUGGAUGAGCUUGUUGACGAAUCCGACCCGGACGUUGACUUCCCAAACUCUUUCCAUGCGUUCCAGACCGCCGAGGGUAUCCGCAAAGAACAUCCUGAUAAAGAUUGGUUCCAGCUAGUUGGUCUAAUCCAUGACAUUGGAAAAAUCAUGGCUCUGUAUGGAGAACCACAGUGGGCAGUAGUUGGAGACACAUUCCCAGUCGGAUGCAAGUUUCAGAAUUCAAUAGUUUUCAGAAACUCUACAUUUCAAGACAAUCCAGAUGAGAAGAAUCUGACACUCAACACAGAAUUUGGCAUUUAUAAACCACAAUGUGGGUUGGAUGAUGUCCUGAUGUCUUGGGGACAUGACGAAUAUUUGUACCGCGUAAUGAAGUUCAACAAAUGCACUAUCCCAGAGGAGGGUCUAUACAUGAUCCGAUUCCACUCAUUCUACCCCUGGCAUUCUAAUGGAGACUACAUGCACUUAUGCAACGAGAAGGACCUACAGAUGUUACCCUGGGUCAAAGAGUUUAACAAGUUUGAUUUGUACACCAAGAGCACUGAACUGCCAGAUGUGGAGAGGCUGAAGCCGUAUUAUCAGUCACUUAUUGACAAGUACUGCCCUGGCGUACUGCAGUGGUGAACAUAUACCACCAAUCUACCAUUUUAUUCCAAUGACACACACUGAAUUCUUCAAGCUCUCAUUCUUUGACUGGUCUCAUGAGCAAACUACUGCACACUUCACUUGCUGUGAUAUAUUCCUUAUUAGUACGGUUGUACUAAUUGUACUAGCUAUUGUUCAUACUAAAGGCUAAAAUCACACUCUGCGCAAGUGCAUGAACACAGGCGCUUCUUAGCUAUGCAAGCUCGAUAAAUGCAUUAGCCUAUUAAGGGAAACAAACAAACACAAACGCACAAAGUGGGGUUCAAAAGUCUGAUUCAAAAUCUACAUCGAACUGUUACUCAAACUUUUAUGCUUAUAAUGCAAUGAAAAAUAAACCAUUAAAUAAGAAAAGACAAACAUGUGGAUUUAGGGGAGAUGGUUGGCAAUUGUAAAAAAAACACAUUAAAUUCUAAAUUAACAUGUUGAUACGCAAUCGCCCGCACACGGUGGUGAUGUCACUCUUCUUACAUUUAAUAUAUAAAUUUACCACUUAGAAGUGUCUUUUCAAAGGUCAAAGGGUUCAACAUUGAUAUGCGAUCUCUGUUUCAUGAUAGUAAUGCUCCAGAAACAGCAAUUUAGGUAUUUGUGCAGGAGUACAAAUGAAAACAUGCAAAUAUCAAAACGGGACUUUUAUUAUGAAAACACGACCACCAGAUGAAUCCAGUUCAACACACUUGGGUCAAUCGUCCAUAACAAGCGUUCACUGACAAACAUCCAAUAGCACGUUUUGUCCAUAAAAGUGAUAAAUCAGAGAAAUGUUGAUAUAUUCUCCGUUGUUUACAUGCGAUCUCGCCUGAAAGAAAUACCCUUCGUCAUCGUUCUUCAACAAACUAUGCAAUCAUGUUGUAAAACUGUAUAUGAUCUUAUAUAUUAGAGUCUCAUAAACAAAACCAGCCUGUCUCCAAAGUCCAAAAAUGGGGCAUAGUUUUAUUCAUAAUAGCAGGGCAGUGCAGUCAGAUUUAGUGUUGUCUUGAAAGGCGGAGCAAAGCUCGCAGGAACCUCAUUUUUUGUUCGAUCACCUUCAAAUUUGAAACGUAACUUCUUUAGACUCGUGGCUUUGAGAACAUUGUCUUUCUGGGUUGUCUUGGUACUUUGUAGUUUUUUUAGAUUAUAAAAACAUGUUCAGCACAAAAUAUUUCCAUUGCUAUAAGCUUCAGCUUCUCUACCUUUAAUAAAAAACAACAUAUAUUAAUUCUGACACUUGAGAAAUAAAGCCCAAAGUGUCUUCUUUCAACAGAUACUUCAACUGUGUCCAUACUCCAAAGCGUCCCGUAAAUACAAGAUCAAAUAAUAAUGGUCUGGCAACUGUUCAUCCAGUGGAGUAGGUUUAAACCUUUAGUAUGAACAAUAGUACUAAUAAGGAAUAGAUAACUCAUGUCAGGGGCCCUCAUGCAACGCUGAGCCCCGGGGCCCUACAGCACCUUAAUGUGGCCCUGGCCCCAUUGAAUACUGACAAUUAUUACCACCACAGCAAUGCAAGUGUCCACGUUCUGUAUAAACGAAAGGAACGCACUUCGGCAGAGUAUGCACUUUGGCUUGUGUAAAGUAUGCUUCAGACAUCUGUUUUGACAACAUACAAAUCUAGAUUUCAUUUGUUGAUAUCAUUGACUAAUAUAAAUAAUUGUGCAAUCCAUGGAACUGCAUUUACCUUUCUGUUCUUUGCCAUUGCAAAAUGCAUUAUUAUUUUUCAGAUCAUCUAUGUAUAUUCAGGCUUCAGAAAUUGACAUGUAGACUUUAUCUUGUGUAUUCAUGUAUAGA